UGAACCUGUCAUGGUUCACACUAAAAAAUGUCUCAAAAAUCAAAAGAAUCGUAAUUUAUUUCGUCUUCAAAUUAAUUCUCAGAUACUUUUCCUACAUAAAAAGAUCCCUUCUUCUCACUUUUGCUCUAUAGAAUCUCUUCUCUUUUCUCCACUAAUCAUCUUUUUUCCAUCAAAUUUCCCAAAAAAAUUUAAAUUUCUAAACUUUUUUUCUCUUUUUUUUUUUUUUUGUUAAGCUUUCUUUGGGUAUUUGUUUAUUUAUAGAUAUAAAACCAUACUCUUUGCUGCUCAUCUGUUAACAAAGUUUGUUUCUUUUCAAGUUCCAUGGUCAUGGAACGUCACCCACGACCCAAUAGUUUCCUAACUCGCCUCAACUCGGCCGUAGCUAAAAGUCGGGUCGGGAAACGUUUCAAACUCGCUGAACGGAACUCGACUUUCACAACGGAGUUACGUGCCGGCACAGCCACUUUUCUUACCAUGGCUUACAUCUUAGCCGUCAACGCUUCUAUCCUCACCGACUCCGGAGGUCCCUGCAGCGUCUCAGAUUGCGUUCCUCUAUGUUCUGACCCUUCUGUUCCAUUAUCCAACUGCACUGGGUCAAAUCUCCGAGUCAUCCAGCCUGACGUGUCAUGCAAGUUCGACCCGGUCAACCCGGGCUACGCUUCAUGUUUGGAGAAAGUACGUAAAGAUCUCAUAGUAGCUACCGUUGCUUCUUCUCUUAUUGGUUGCCUAAUUAUGGGUGCUUUCGCCAAUUUGCCCCUGGCUUUGGCUCCAGGUAUGGGGACAAAUGCGUAUUUUGCCUAUACCGUAGUCGGGUUUCACGGGUCGGGUAAUGUCCCUUAUAAAAGUGCUUUAGCGGCAGUUUUUAUAGAAGGGUUGAUCUUUUUGUUCAUUUCAGCUAUUGGAUUCCGGGCCAAGUUAGCUAAGUUGGUUCCUAAACCGGUUCGCAUCAGUUCUUCUGCGGGUAUCGGGCUUUUCCUCGCGUUUAUCGGGUUACAAAAUAACCAAGGACUUGGGUUAAUCGGGUAUAACCCAUCGACCCUUGUAACUCUCGGAGGGUGCCCAAGUUCGUCGCGGAUUUCAGUUGCCCCAGUUUUAGCGGCGGCUAAUGGAACCGUUAGCUUAUUGCCAGGUGGUACAGUCUCGGGUGAUAUUUAUUGUCUACGUGACAGAAUGGAAAGUCCCACACUAUGGCUUGGAAUUGUGGGCUUUGUGAUUAUAGCUUAUUGCUUGGUGAAAAAUAUUAAGGGUGCUAUGAUUUAUGGUAUAGUAUUUGUAACGGCGGUUUCUUGGUUUCGUCACACAAAAGUGACGGCUUUUCCUAACACGGACGCCGGUGAUACUGCUUAUGAGUAUUUCAAGAAAGUUGUUGAUGUCCAUGCAAUUGAAAGUACAGCUGGGGCGUUGAGCUUUAAUACUAUAGGUAAAGGUUACUUUUGGGAGGCUUUGGUCACGUUUUUAUAUGUUGACAUAUUGGAUACAACAGGUACAUUAUAUUCAAUGGCUCGAUUCGCCGGCUUUACUGAUGAAAAUGGUGAUUUUGAGGGCCAAUAUUUUGCUUUCAUGUCAGAUGCCAUGUCAAUUGUUGUGGGAUCAUUGCUCGGGACAUCACCAGUGACGGCGUUCAUCGAAUCGUCGACAGGAAUACGAGAAGGGGGACGAACAGGGUUAACGGCAUUAACCGUGGCAGGGUAUUUUUUCCUAGCAUUUUUCUUCACCCCGCUUUUGGCGUCUAUACCGGCAUGGGCGGUGGGACCGCCGCUGAUCCUGGUGGGAGUGUUGAUGAUGAGAGCAGUGGUGGAAAUUGAGUGGGAUGAUAUGAGGCAGGCAAUCCCUGCUUUUGUGACAUUGAUUUUGAUGCCUAUGACCUAUUCCAUAGCAUAUGGGUUAAUUGGUGGGAUUGGAACUUACAUUGUAUUGCACAUUUGGGAUUGGGUGGCAGAGCUGUUGGUGAAGCAUGGAGUCACAAAAAGGAAUGGUGAUGCGGUCAAUGGGGCGCAUGAGCAAGCAACAGAGGAUGGAAGUGUAAAAGCAGUUGAACUUGAACGUGUUUAGGUCCCAAGGGGAAAGGACGUUUGAACCUUUUGUUUUUACACCUUCACUUUGCUUUUGUCUCUUUUGGACAAUAUCUUUCUAGGCUUCACAUUUGUAGAAAAAGAAAUAGGAUAAGAAAUGUGUUCACAUUUCACACAUAUAGACAUAAUUAGUAGUGAAUAUUUUUUAUGAAUUUGAUUGUUUUGUGAGAAUUUUCUUAAUUUUACUUUUUUAUUUAUA